AAGCCGUCGUAAGACCCCUGCGUACUGGGGAAGAUCUGUCUGGUGGUGUAAGACCGUUACCGCUCAAUUGUUAAAGUUAUUCCUACUUGAAAAAAGUAAGCUUGUGUAAUUAUGCUUACUUGAGCAAACCUUUGUUACUGUGGAAACCUAUCUUUACGUGAGACUCGUGGCUUAAACAUAAUUAUUAUAUUGCAACCCUUGGUGGAUUAUGGUGAAUAUGAAAACCUACCGAGUGCUACAAUGGAUUAGGUGAGGAUCAUUGCGAUCGGAUAGCUCUGCCGUCAUGCCACCUCAAGUGGACUCGGCCUUUAUUGGCAAAUGCACUAUGCAAAAUUCAUGGCGAAGCGAAGAUGUGGAUAGACGGCGCCCAUCUGAAGCUAUUUGAGCUCAUUGUUAAGUGAACACCGACGAUCUUGCACCAUGGUGAGGUGGAGGCUUCAAUCGUUGGCAAAAAUGCUAUGGGUCAACUUGCUACUGUUCGAACUGUGCUACUCAAAUGCCAUUACGGCUGUUAGCAAAAAGCACCCAACAAAAACUAGCGAAAAUCCUAUCGUACUCGAAUUAAAACCACCACCAAAUGGGCCGAAAAAGACCCAAAUCAUACACGGUUUACAUCGAUCGUCACAAAGCAGGAACGAGAGACCUUUCUCCUUUGACUUGUUCCUUGAAAAAGAGGAGUCGAAAAGACUGCUUGGUAUCGAUGUAAACCUGUUCUAUGUUCGAGACGGCGUCACAAACGAGUAUGCUUUGCGAUUUCCUGUUCCUGUCCCAGGAAAUAUGUCCGAAUUGGAGUUUAGUUGGAAAAACCUUCGACCACAACAUCAGACAUUAAACUAUAAAAUUGAAAUCCAGUUGGAUAAUCCACACGCCAUGUUUCAGCCAACCUUGAAUAUUCCGAGUAAAGGUGUAGUUCCAGAUCACGCCGAGUCCUUUGUAGUGCGUUUGCAUUGCACCGGUCGAAGUAAUGCCGAAGUUCGCGUCACCAUCCUUGUGGACAUCAGUCGAGCGAACGAAGCCAAACUAGGUGACAAAGACGAUGUCAAGGAAGCUAGUCAACAAAUAAAACUUCAACGCAAGAAGGUUUGCCUUCAAGAUGAAAAGUCAGUAACAACGACGGCUCGUGCUGUCAUCGAUGGCAUCGACGGAGAAGUGGAAGCAAGUGACGAAGAUGAAGGGGAUGAGGAAGAGCUUGAAGAGAACAGUGUCAUUCUUGUUGGCGAUAGUGCCAGCGACAAGGAAGCUUCCAGACGAAAGAAAAAUUCUGCCAACUCCGUCACGAUGAUUAGUGAUGAAGCUUUGGCUCCAGGUAACGACUGGGGUAACGCAUGGGGUGCGAACGGUUGGCCAGUCCUCCUAGUGGCCGGUGCGGGUGCGGUCGCAACUGGGGCAGCUCUGGCAUCGCUGCUAGCUACGGCCGUCUGUUUUAUGCGAAAUCAAAAAAACAAACGUCAGAACGCGUCGACAACGUUAACAUCGUCGAGUAAGCCCGCUGGUCAACAAGUCAUCCAGGCUGCCGCCGAAAAAUACUGUCGCGAAUGGGUAGCAGCUUCAACGUUGAAUGGCUCUAUAUAUGGCCACGGUAUCGGACAAGGAACUGAAGUAACGUCCAUGUUAACGACAGCUACCCCGUCAAUGCAUAUAGACAGAACACUCAACCAUCGAUUGAUCCGGCUCGGCAGCCCCGUGGCUUCAACAAUAGCUUCUUACUCUUCCUUCAGAAAGGCGCGUCAUCUCGAAGUGCCGCCCAGUCCAGCCCCGCCACCAACGAUGGGUGGCCUGAAUCAGUUGACACUUAAGUGCAUGGGAACUUUGAACAGUUCUGCUGGCCAGUACAGUACAAUUCAAGAUCUUUCUAGAUCUAGAAGUUCGCUUCUGUCAGAGCAACUAGCUGAAUUAGCGAUAGACAUGCGAUACUUGUCGCUGGUGAAGCUUCUCAGUGAAGGCAGUUUCGGGCGAGUUUAUCACGCCGUACUCAACGAUCCAUCUUGUCCACCACAAGAGGCACCAAGUCAGGCGCAUUCCGUACUAGUCAAAACCGUCACAAAUCAGGCGACAUCCGAACAGGUGGAGCAGUUCAUGCAGGAGGGCAUGAUGUUAUUUGGCAUGAAUCAUGCUAACGUAAUGCAGGUAGUCGGAACUUGCUUGGAUCUAGCCAGUCAACCUGCACUUAUCUAUCCAGCAAUGGGCGAAGGAAAUCUGAAGCAGUUUUUAAGACAAAAUGCUCUUUUGCAAACCGAUUGUGGGAAAAAUCGUAUUUCGCCUCAAGACUUAGUUGAUAUGGGUGUGCAGGUUGCUGAAGGACUUAUGUAUUUGCAUCGAAGAUUUUUCUUGCACAAAGACGUAGCUACACGCAACUGUAUGCUGGACGAACGUCUACAUGUGAAAUUAGGAGAUAAUUCGCUAUCUCGGGACCUCUUUCCUGAUGAUUAUCACUGUCUGGGCGAUGGAGAACAUCGACCUGUUGCCUGGCUGGCCAUUGAGUCGCUACAGAACCGCGAGUUCACGCCAGCGUCUGAUCUCUGGAUGUUUGGAGUUACAAUUUGGGAAUUACUUACGUUGGGCCAACAACCAUUUCCAGAUGUUGAUCCGGCUGAUAUGGGUGUACACCUUCGAAGCGGGCACCGAUUACCGCAGCCUUCAAAUGCUCCAGACGAAAUGUACUCUCUGAUGUGCCGUUGUUGGUGCCUUUGUCCUGGGGAUAGAGUUACGUUGCAGCAGGCGACUCGCACACUCGCUGAUUUUCACUUACGCUUUGAUUCGAGCUCAUCGGGUGACUCCAGAGAUGAAGUCACGGGUUCCAGGGAGGCUUUAACCUCGUCGCGAAGGCCCAAUCAGCAACACAGCCUGCAGCCACACAUGCAGAACCUAUCUGCUCGACAAGCAACGAGCACUGUGGGUAGUACGUCGUCAUUUAAACCAAAUGCUGCUCCUGCAGUAUACAGAGAUGACGAAGUCAUCUAUGCUAACGAUGUUUUGCCCUAGUCAAAGCAGUGUGCGAAGCCUAGACGUGAACACCUUUCUGAAUUCAUCCAAACAUGUGGAUAUGGUAUUCCGCAUGACCUCCUCAGUUCAACCAGAUUAAUAGAAAUACUUCAAUAUUAAACAAUGAAACUUCAUCCUGACUAAAAGAGACCGGGCAGUGUAUCUAUUUCAGAACGGCAUAGCUAGGCAGUACGAACGCUAGUGGAAUGGGUAAACUGGAAACAAUGGAAAGAAAUACGAAAAUGAAACGCUACUUAUGUAGGCUACAAUAGGCGGAUAAGCAGAUCCCUGAAUAUACUGAUAACUCAGUCGAGCUAAGUGGGCUAAUGUAUAGUAUACAAACGAGAAUCUAAUCCCACGAUGGAAUGUUUAUAUCUCUAUGUUGAUGUACGUGCAAAGAGUUUAUAUUUAAAAACAAACGUAUAGCCCCCCCCCCCCCCCUCCAACUCACGUUAAAGAUGAGAUGCCCUUAAGCGCCUCUUCAGGAGGCUUUGACAAAAAUUAGUUUACCCAGCGAUCGUUUUUCAUUAAAAAUCAACGUACAACAUCUUCAAUAAAGAAAAUUGUGCAAUAUGCUCCAAAACUAAAGCGACGAUCUCUGUGUAGUGGUCGUGUGACAAACAAUCUUGCAAACGUUUAUGAUCGUAACCAACUCAUUAUUUCACAACUCGUUGAUAUAUAUAUAUAUAUAUAUAUAUAAAUGUAGUAUUGGAUGUGCUAAUUUCAAAACGUACGUUGGUUUCAAUAUGUCCAUUACACAAUACAUUCUGCUAUUAUAAUGAGUUAACAAGGAGCCAAACAAUGCUCGUGUCUAGAACAAAGCUCAGCUUCCAAUACUUAAUAUUAAGGUAGCCAUGAACACAAAAGUUCGUCAGCAAUCAUUGUUACAUUAGUUGGCGCUGGAGUUGCUGUUUGUAUCCACGUUUUUGUACCUGUUUUUAUAAAUGGUUAAGAUCGAUUUGGUUAACUAAUUUAAUUGACAAAAAACCGCCUAAGUAUAUUGAUUCUCACUGCUGGUCGAAUUCACUUAAUAUCGCUUGAUCGGUAUGAUUCGUCCGACGUAUCUAUCUAGCUGCUCCAGUUUUGCCAAGAUGUAGUCUACGCUCCUAUUUUUACGUGCAUAACAAUAAUCAAAGGGACAUCACAUAGGUGAAAUGACAAUUUGUACAUUUUACAAUGCAUUUUCAUAAGUUAAUAUUGCAGUAAUUGUAAAUACAUGUUUUAUAUGCCACCACUCAAAGGAACUAUCAGCAAACAUAUGUUUGUUUCAAUGUAAAUAAACAGCAGCAGUGUUAAGCGGA